AAAAGGCAACAAAAAUGUUUUGACACAAUCGGAUUUGACAAGUGCCGCGAAAAUGGGAUAAAUCUUUUGUGUUGUAAAGAGAAAUAAAAAAUACAAGGAUGAUUAAGCGACCAUCAGCCCACAGCCGGCCCAGCGUGCAUGCUAGCACGUCGAAGGCUGCCAGGACUACUGUCCAGGGCCCACACAAGGAGUACAAGAAAUGGACCAAGCCACGUCUUACCAAAGACCUGACGGGCCCCUCGGCUCCAGACCUGAAGGAGAUGAGUCGAGCGGCCGCCCGCAACUGCGCACGCACACACGUGCGCCCGCCCGGGGACAGCACCAACACCGACGAGGUGCGCUUCCAACGCGUCUCCGUCAGUGGGAUACACGUUACUGGGGUGCCGCUGGAGGACUUGAUCCGGUCCGCACAGUUGCUGCUCCAGGCUCUGACGUACCGGCAGCGGUACAUGACCCAGUCCCACCAGUACUUCUCCCCGUUGGUGGAUAACUACCUGCGCAACCAGAAGCGCCGGGAGACUUACUCCAGUAUUAAGCUUCAACUUUCUGACUACGACGAAACCAAUGCCAUUAACUUGGAUAGUACGCUUGCUGACCAUUACAUGCAUCUGACGACGUGCUCCUCUGACGAGCUGGUGCCGCCAAUGAAAGUCAGUCCUCAGGUCUCGGACGCUAGAAUGACAAUGGCGAAUAUUAAAAAUCCGGACGCGCUACGAGGUGCCACCGAGAGCUACGAGGAGCUGCCGGCUAUAUCAAAAAUAUUGUCAAUCGAUCCCUGGUCGGUGCCUCACCCCACGGACACUCACUUCGUCUGCCAGUGGGAAAACGGUGUAAUGGUGAUCUACCGCAACCCGCUCGACGUGGAGGCCCACGCUCCACUGCCCUACGAGGCCAUAUCCUUCCAGGAGUUCGCAGCUGACCUGGCUAACCUACAGUCCAUGAUCUGCGACGGUCCACUCAAAUCGUUCUGCUACCGUCGGCUGUCGUACCUGUCGUCCAAGUUCAAGAUGCACGUGCUGCUCAACGAGCUGCAUGAGCUGGCGCUGCAGAAGGCCGUGCCGCAUCGAGACUUCUACAAUGUCAAGAAAGUGGACACUCACAUCCACGCAGCAUCCUGCAUGAACCAGAAGCAUCUGCUGCGCUUCAUCAAGCGGACCCUGAGGACUCAGCCUGAUGAGGUGGUCGCCAUGCGGGAUGGGAUGCCAGUUACGCUGAGGAACGUCUUCGAAGACAUGUGUCUCGACGCUUACGACCUGAAUGUGGAUAUCUUGGAUGUGCAUGCGGACCGUAACACAUUUCUUCGGUUCGACAAGUUUAAUUCCAAGUAUAACCCUAUCGGUGAGAGCAGACUGCGCGAGGUCUUCCUCAAGACUGACAACCACAUGAACGGGAAGUACUUCGCUAGCAUUAUUAAGGAGGUGAUGGGGGACCUCAAAGACAAUAGGUACACGUACGCGGAGCCCCGCAUCUCCAUCUACUGUAAACGCUUCAAUGAAUGGAGCAAGCUCGCCUCGUGGGCGCUGAAGAAUGACGUCCACUCGCCCCACGUACGCUGGCUCGUACAGGUGCCGAGGCUUUACGACAUCUACCGGUACAAGAAGUUGAUAAAGAACUUCCAGGAGUUUUUGACAAACUUAUUCGAGCCGCUAUUCCUCGUCUCCGUGGAUCCUAGCUCGGACCCGGAUCUGCAUAAAUUUCUUUCACACGUAAUCGGCUUCGACAGCGUGGACGACGAGUCUAAGCCGGAGAACACGAUGCUGCCGGCCGACAUGAAGACUCCUGAGCAGUGGGAUGAUGAGGAGAACCCGCCGUACGCGUACUACCUGUACUACAUGUACGCCAACAUUUCUGUGCUCAACCAGUUGAGGAAAGAACAAGGCCUGAACACGUUCGCGCUUCGUCCCCAUUGCGGCGAGGCAGGACCCGCUGUGCACAUGUCUGUAGCCUUCCUGCUCGCUGAGAACAUUUCUCACGGGCUAGUACUGAGAAAGGUGCCAGUCCUCCAGUACAUGUACUACCUGGCGCAGAUCUUCAUAGCUAUGUCCCCUCUCAGUAACAACUCCCUCUUUCUGAGGUACCACCGCAACCCUCUGCCCGAAUACUUCUCUAGAGGACUGAGGGUUACGCUCAGCACUGAUGACCCGUUGCAGUUUCAUUAUACUAAGGAGCCGCUGAUGGAGGAGUACAGCAUCGCCGCUCAAGCGUGGAAGUUGAGCUCGUGUGACAUGUGCGAGCUCGCCAGGAACUCUGUCAUCAUGUCCGGGUUCCCACACGAGAUGAAGCAGCACUGGCUGGGCGACGAGUACAUGCAGGAGGGCCCCGAGGGCAAUGACAUCACGCACACCAACGUGCCAGACGUGCGCAUCUCCUUCAGGCACGAGACGCUCAUUGACGAGCUGGAGAACUUGUUCCGGGCACCAUUAUAAUAGAGGAAAUAAGUAAGUAAGGGAUUGAUUACUCAUUAACAAAACAGUACGUUCGGUGAAGUCUAUUUAUUUAUUACGAAAACAAGUAAUCGCGGCACUUUUAUUAUAUGAAUAAUCACUGUAAAUAGAAGUUGGUAGAAUUAAAACAACAUUAUUACUGUU